AAUGUAGUAAGAAUAGAUACCGCAAUAAUAGAAUGUCACACCAAAAAAGUACUAAUUAACGACUCCAACCAAAGACAAGAAGUAAAAUAAAACUAAUUAGUCUACUACAAUACAAUCCCCUUAGAAUAACGAUUUUUAUUCACCAAAAAAUAUGAACCCUUGGAAAACCCCUAAAUCCUUAUUAAAAAGCAAUCACAAAUAAAGCACUCCUGAUCAUGGUUUUCAAACAUCUCCUUACAGUGACAGAUAUAUCCCAUUAAAUGUUUCAAGAAAUCUAUUUAAUAAACAAAUAUAGCCAUUUGAAAUUGAGGAAGAGAAUUAGUAUGAAGAACUUCUGAGUGAAAAUGUCUUGGAAAUUGAUGAAAAUAAACAUGUGAGUAUUUUGAAUUUCAAUAAAUAAAAACACGACAAAGUUCAAUCUGCCAAACAACUUGAAACACCAAAAAGAAAAAUAGAUACUCUUCCCAUAAAAGUGUUAGAUGCACCUGGAUUAGAGGAUGAUUUCUAUCAAGACACACUCCAUUGGGGGAAAAAUAAUCUUAUUGCAGUUGGUUUACAGAGGUCUGUCUAUUUGUAUAAUGUUGACAAUUCAAAAGUAUUUUAAUUAGCAGAACCUAUCAAUAAUAAUGAACUAUCCGCAUAUUAUACAUCUUUGUAAUGGAAUACAAAUGGAUAGAUGUUGGCAAUAGGAUGUUGCGAUGGUUUCUUAAAAUUAUGGGAUUACAAUAAAAAUUCAUUCACUGGUUCUAUGAAUCUGUCCAAUAAAAGAAUCAGUACAAUAAGUUGGGCUAAUCCCAAUAUAUUUGCUUAUGGAAGUAAGGAUAAAACAAUCAACAUAUGUGAUGUCAGAGUUCCAAACUAUUCAAUAUUUUAAUUACUAGGACACACAUAAGAAGUUUGUGGCGUCACAUUUGAUGGAAGUGAGCUCUAAUUGGCUUCAGGGGGAAAUGAUAAUAAAGUGUUUGUUUGGCAAAUGAGAGGAGGCAACAACAACAGCAAUAAUUAAUAUAUAUCUUGGGAGAUCAAAUCUCACAAGGCAGCAAUAAGGGCUUUGGCGUGGAAUCCUCAUUCAUGUGGUAUAUUGGCUACUGGAGGUGGAAAUCAAGAUAAGACUAUUAAAAUUCACAGUUCACUCACGAAUUAGUAAAUUGCAAGCAUUAACUGUGAUUCGUAAGUUUGCAAAUUGAGAUUUUCUAAAAUUGUUAAUGAAUUGGUUUCGACACAUGGUUACGAGAAGAAUUUAGUAUGUCUUUGGCAAUAUCCUACAAUGAAAAGAAUUCACUAAUUAGAAGGUCAUUCUGAAAGAGUACUUUAUUUGUCUGCAAGUCCAGGUAAUUGAUUUUCUUAAACUAUUUAUAGAUGAAUCAACGAUACUAACAGGUUCAGGAGAUGAGACUCUUAAAUUCUGGAAGAUCUUUCCUACUUAAGUUUCAAACAAUAUGUCCUCACUAUUUUCCAUGUGUGAAAUUAGAUGA